AUGCCUGGAGGAAAAUCUCCUUCAGACUCGUCAAACAUCUCUAAACCCGCCAGAAAAUCCAACAAGUCUUGGUCCUUCAGAAACGCUGUGGGCAUGCCUUGGAGCCCUGUAGGUGGGGCAGAUGAAAACAUUGACUCUCCCAGGUCACAGUGGUUCGGGCAGGUGAAUAAAGGCGCUGGGAAGUCGGGCCUGGGGGUUCGUUCUGGGGCAGCUGUGGGAAGCGCAGGGCAGGGGCCUGAUGUCUGGGCUGCAUCAGGAGAGGAGAACCCGCAUGGUGAUGCUUUGGCUGAUGUGGCUGAAGGGGAGGAUGGGGAAGCAGAGGAGAGGUCUGGAGGUAGUGAAGGGUCGGAGGGUGUAAGGGAGCCAGGUAUGGGAGAAGAGGUUGAGGAGGAGGAUUGGGAGGAUGCAGGGGAUGGAGAGGUGGAGGAAAAGAGGGAUGGGAGGGAUGGGAUGGGAGCUGCGAACGAGCAGGUGGGCUCUGUUGCUGCUUCCCGGAAAGGUUUUGUGGAAUCUGGGAGGGUGACUAGCAUUGGAAUCCCGCCUGUGUGGAACGGAAUUUGUGAAAUGACCCCCAGACCACAGCGGCCGGCUAGCAGGUUCGCAGUAGAUAGAGGUGCGGGCAAGGACAGUGCGGUUGCUGCUGCUGUGGUGGGUGGAGAGGAGACGGGGAACGGGCAGCUGUUUGCUGAUGGGUUGGACGGGAAGGGGUUAGCGCGAGAGGGAAGUGGGGGUUCAGGCGAAGCUUCAUUUGGAAGGAUUGCGGAGGAUGGUUCUGGUACGCUUGCUGUGGCAUCGGAAUUGGGCGGAAAUGCUGCAGAAGAGUGGCAAAAAGAGAUCUCUUCUGUGGGGUAUUCAGAAGAGGGUUAUGCGAGCUAUUCUGGUCCAGCCAGUGAUGCACCAGGCCAGCAGCAAUAUGAAGGUCCAGUGAGAAGUGUGGAGGACCUUGUGAGGGCAGGUGAAGAGGAGGCGAGCUGUGGCUGGCAGUAUGUGCCCUGUGGGAUGAGUCGGGGCGAGACUGAUUGUGGUAAUUGGGAAGAAAAUGCUGGGGGUGAGGAGAGUGCUGCGAGGGAGGGGAAUAUGACUGGGGAGGAGAGAGCCUACAAGGAGGAGAGUGCUGGGCGGGAGGAGAAUUCUGGCAGGGAGGAGAGUGCAAGCAGAGAGGAGAGUGAAAGCAGAGAGGAGAGUGAAAGCAGAGAGGAGAGUGAAAGCAGAGAGGAGAGUGAAAGCAGAGAGGAGAGACAUGAGAGGAAGCACAGGAGCAGGAAGCUGGGAGAUGGGGAGUGGGUGGAGCAGCCAGAGCCUGGCGUGUAUGUGACUCUGGCAAAACUGCCUGGAGAAGGGACUGAGCUGCGUCGGAUACGGUUCAGCCGCAAGGUUUUCAUGGAGAAGCAAGCAGAAACAUGGUGGGCGGAGAACAAGGCAGCGGUAACAGCUAUGUACCAUAUCGUCAGCACGGCGAAGAAAACGGUGGUCGAUCCAGGGGAAGUCCAGCAAUAA